CUCCGCCCGGCCGGCAGGGGGCGGCCAUUAGCGCUGCGCCCGCCCGCCCGCGCGACAAGAUGGCGGCGGCGCUCAGGGCCUCGGCGAGGCUGCGGCUGGCGGCCCCUGGGCCCGGGCUCGCUUUUACCCGGUCUGCGUUUGUAGCGAGAAAGCAUAACUACGACCAUCCGAACUGGUUUGGAGUCGGCUUGGCUUUUAGCACCAGUGCUGCCCUGUGGGCUCUUCUAUUCAAGCAGCAUAAUGAAGAUGUGAUGGAAUAUGAGAGAAGAAAAGAAGAGAGAAAACAUAAGUGUACAGGAUGUUCAUAGUUGACCAGAGGCUUGGUAAGAAAUACCAUCAUCAGUUGUGUCCUGUGAAUAAAUGAGCACAGCAGAAGUACAAAUCAGCAGAAGUACUUAUCUGUUCAUACAUUUCAUGUGCUUUAUUGUAAAAUAAAUUAUAAAGUGUGGAAGAAACCUAUGAAGACUCUUCUUGCCAUGUGUUUUCAUUCUAGUAGUUUUCAUAACCUGCUUUCAUAUAACAUUUACCUUUUUCACAGUUUUGAAGAUAACGUUCAUAAACUAUCUUUGUUAUUCUGGAUGUUGCAUUACAAAUUCAAGCGUGAUUUAAGAGGAAGUUUAGCAAAUAUGGCAAAAAUUAAGUGUGCUCUUGCCCUGCCAUUAUUUUCAUUGCUGAAUUUACAAAAUAAGUAAAUAUAAAAAUGACAUUUACCAGAAUCCUAAUAAAAUUGUAAUUUGUAUAAACAUGCCAAAGGGGAAGCUUUCAGCUCAGUUUUCACUAGGUAGACUUGCAAAGGCUGACCCAGCGGUUUGAAGACCUGCUGUAAUUUGUUACACAUCUGUUUGCAAACUUGUAGCUCUUUGAGUACUGACUAUUGUUCUUCAUUUCUUUGUGGUCUGAUUUCUUUUUUUCCCCUCCUGUACAACAGAAAUGAAGCAUUGGAGAUAAUA